GAGAGUGAGCCCACAGGACUCUCCAGCUUCUUGAAGUCUUCCAAGUCUUUCAAGUUCCAAACGUCCAGUUGCGCGCAACUAUUGUUCACUGAAGAGGUUGGAAUCUCCAUCAGACGUUUAUCAACUUCUAACAAGGACAGAAUCUGACAUUCAGCUCUGCUCCAAUCCUCCUCAGCUCCGAGAUGAACCCGUGCCCUCCCCAUCCAGUGUCUCUUUUCCAGCUAAAGAGAUUAUCAGUGAGACUGGUCGACUGCUGCACAACACCAGGUCAGCAAGGAACAAAUGGCAAGAGCAACAAAUAUGGAGAAAACCCCAAAAUGGGUAAACUACGGAGGGCAGGAAAAGAAUCACAACAUUCUAGGGAGAAAAAAGGCUCCAUCUCUGGAGAGGACUUUUCUACGGAGCAGGAUCUGACCCGACACCAAAGCAUUCACAACAAAGGAAACAAGUCCUACCUCUGUAACCUGUGUGGCAAAGACUAUUCAAGGCUAGAUAGCCUCAAGUCACAUCGGCUCAUUCACACUGGAGAGAAGCCUUAUCACUGCAAAGACUGUGACAAGCGUUUUAAUCAUAUGUCACAUCUCAUACUGCACCAGCGCAUUCACACAGGAGAAAAACCAUAUGAGUGCAAAGACUGUGGAAAACGCUAUUCACAGGCCAGAAAUCUUAGAUGUCAUCAGCACGUCCACACCGGAGAGAAACUCUUUCACUGCAACGACUGUGGCAAAGGGUUCGCGAGGGUACAUGGAGGAUGUGACCAGCAUCUUGCAGACAGCCCCAUGCACAACAAGGGUCCUCAAACGCCUAGACGAGCUGACCCAGUGGGCGAGAAUGAAGAUCAAGCCAGCGAAGUCCAGGAGCUUGUCAAUUAGGAGAGGAGUAAGGACUGAUAGGGUGGUGUUCAUGGCAGGGGGUGAGAGAAUAACCCUGCUAUCCGAGCAGCCCAUUAGGAGCCUAGGAAGGGAUUACACCGCUGACCUCUCGGACAGGCAAAUGGGCAAGCUGGUGCACCAACAACUGGGCCGCGGCCUGAACAGGAUUGACAGCAGCCAACUCCCUGGGAAGUUCAAACUGUGAUGCUGCCAGUUCACACUAUUCCAGCGUGUGAUGUGGCUACUUAAGAUGUGCGAGAUUCCAUCUACCGCAGUAAGCCGAUUAGACAGCAUGGCAAACACCUACAUAAGGAAAUGGUUGGGCCUCCCCCGCUGCUUUUCCAACACAGGACUGUUUGGGAAGAAUGCACUUCAGCUUCCACUGAAGUCGGUGGGCCUUGGCUAUAAACAGGAAAAGGCCCGCCUGGUGUUUGAUCUCAAGGAGUCUAGGGACCCCAAAGUAAGAGCUGCAGCAGUAGCUGUCCGAAAGGGGCGCAAGUGGAGGGCCCAAUCCGAAGUGGAUCUGGCUAUCAGCAGGCUACAGCACAGAGUGCUCACAGGAAGAGUGCAGGUCGGCCGGGCUGGAGUGGGCUUCGGAGAACCAGUUACCUUCUGGUCAAAAACCUCAAGGGAGCAGAGGAAGGCCAUGAUCGUGGAGGAGGUUGCCCAAGGGGAACAAGAGCAGUACCUCAUCAAGGCAGUGGCCCAAGGAAAGCAGGGGGCAUGGACCCGGUGGGAGGACACCAUCCACAGGGUCGUUAGCUGGCAGGACAUCUGGCAAGCCCCACAGGCACGGCUCAGUUUCAUGCUCAGGGCAGCAUACGACACUCUGCCGUGUCCGCAAAACCUCUCCACAUGGUUCGGGAGUGAGGACAAAUGCCCUCUGUGUGAAAAGGAGAAAGCAGGCCUUCAAGACAUCCUGGCAUCAUGCAGAGUGGCUCUGUCACAGGGACGGCUCAGAUGGCGGCACAACCAAGUGCUCAGGAAGUUGGCGGAGCAUUUGGAGGUGAGCAGAACCGCUGCUAACUCCUCAGCAAACAGCCAAACACUGAGCAUCUCCUUUGUCCGACCAGGAGAG